AUGGAUGAUCUUUCGCGACUUAGGGUGUUUGAACCAUUGGAUACUAAUUCGUUAUCGUUAAUUUCUACCACAUCAUCAAAUAAUAAUAAUACACCCACUAUACCCAAUGAUAGCUUUCAAAAAUCAUUAAAUACCCCAAUAAUACAAAAGAAUGAAAAUGCAAUCCCUUUGAAAUGGCAAUUGGAAAGAAAGGAAUUUACGUUUGAUAGUAAUAGUACACCUUCUAAGAGGAAAGUACAUACAAGUUCAGGCCUGCAAUUUGGGCAAAGUAGACUCAUUAAUGUGAGAAAAAGGAAAUCCCAAUUGAUUGGAGCUAAACCUAAAGUCCCAUCUAAGUUAUACCAGUCUUCAAAGUUAGAUUUAUUGGAUGAAGAUAAAUUCACAAGUCUCCCCAUUGCACCCCCACGAGAUACAGUAGAUGAUGAAGAACGAAUUACCAAUAAAAAACCAAGAUUGAAUCCUAUGGGAGAAAUUAGAGUGCAUAAUACGGGAGCUAAUCGUCACAUUAGUUACGCCGUCCAAGAUUUGAAUAAUAUACAGAACCAUGAUGAUUCAAAAGAAGACGUACCAAUAAUCCUUGUUGAAGAUUAUAUUACCCCAAAUGCCAGGAAGAAUGGAGCCAAACAAAGGGUUUCUAUGUCUGAUUUGAAAACAAAAUUAACGAAAAGAAACGAUAACCAUAUACCUUUAAAAUUAAGACGACCUAGUAAUAAUGCUGCAAGCAAUCCAAUGAUGUUGGUACCGCAUAUAUUAGAAGAAGAAUAUAGUCUUGAUGAUUCGCUUUUGGGAGGUCAAAAUUCAAUGAUUCCAGAUUCUGUUCAUAAUUUAGUUGAUGGAUUUAUGAAGUCGCAUACCUCAACAUCAGAUGAUAGAUACCUGCAGGGUUUAUCGAUAAAAACUGAAUUAAAGAAAUGUGUUGUCUGUGAAUGUCCACUUUAUGAAAUUAGUUCACUAAUUCAAGAGACAAAAGAUUAUAAGGAGAUCGUUUGUGGUUCUUGUACAGCAAGAUACGAGGAGGCAGCAAAGAUUUUUGAAGAUUUUGAAUUUGAAACGUCAAUGGAGGAUUCUACAAACAGUACGAUGAGUAAUUUGGAAAGCCCUGUGGAGCUGUAUCCAAAUUCCCCUUGGAGAACAAUAGAAAACAAAUCCAGCAGUAUAUUUACUCAGAAAGAAAAGAUACCCAAAUCUCAAAAAAAGAGCAAAGAUCAAUUUUCCGAUGAAUUACUUAGAAGAUUGAGGAGUCAACUUUCCAAGAUGGAUCAGAGUGGAUAUCCUUCUGCCAAGGUUCACAACAAUUCCAAGACUCUUGAUUGGUUCUUAGAGGCCAAAAAAAAGAUUAUUGAAAAGACAAAGCUAAAUGGAUUCCUACCGUUUUUCGUCAAUGCCCCACAUACCGCUACUCCAGAGACAGAUUUACCCUAG